AUGCCACCAGUCUGCCAGUCACUGUGUCGAAGUGCCGCUUGUGGUCGUCAUGAUGCUUCAGUUGCCCUCAGUUCCUCAUUCAUUGCCCGACAACCUCGACCGAGAAGCCUGGCCGGUACCCUGAUACGGCUUGCUUCUGUUCACACGUCUUCUCGAGAUCCUUCUACUUGCUUCACCACGGAACCGAAUGUUGAUAUCAAGAGUCUCCACAAUACCCUACGCGCCCAUCGCGAAGCGAACCGUGCAUCGGUUGUCCGAAAGACCUACAAUGACCGCCCAUCCGUGCGGUUGCAUGAUCACGAUGGACGACUCCCGUCUGUUGAGGUGAAAACGCCGGUGCCGCGAAGAGAAGCUUCUCGGUUCAAAAGGGUGGAACUUACACCAUUCAAGGCAUUCAAAGGCACGAGUCGCAAUCUAGAUCUGCUGUGGCGUAUCAAUGAUACCGAGAAAGAUCCCCCUAUACACUAUCGUCUACCGUGGCUCCGUCAUCUGCACGACCGAGAGCCGAACCUCUACACGUCCGCGGUGGAGAGACUUUCUGAUGAAAUUCGCGCUUUCGAAAAGUACACUUCCCCGUCCAAGGAAGAGCAGCGCGCUGCAGACGACGCUUUCCAUGAUCUUGUUGAAUGUGUCAAGGAAAUUGCAGGAGACUUCCACGUCGAUAUCAUCGGGUCUCGUGCGACCGAUCUGGCAGAUCCUCUGUCGGACCUGGAUGUCAAUAUCUCCAGCUCAGGGCAAUCAGGCUCGCUGACAAGGCCCGCGGAAGUGUCAUCUGCCACCGUGCUGAACAAGCUCUACAAGACGUUUCGUUGGCCCCCGAAAACAGCCAAUCUCUUCCACUUUCGCCCCAUCGAGGUCCAGCUUUAUCUCAAGCAGGCUCGUGUGCCCAUUCUCCUCUGUCAGCACAAGGCAUCGGGGCUCCCGAUUCAGAUCCAGUCCACACCCCGAACAUAUGACAGCCGCGAAUACGUGAAAGCCGCCUUGAAGGAAUAUCCUUCUCUGAGAGGUCUUUUCAAGGUCCUCAAACAACUUUUACAGAUGCGCGGGCUCACUGUUGGCAGCAGCGGAGGGAUCACAUCCUAUCCACUAUUUCAGAUGAUCGUUGCAGCCUUGAAAUUCUCCGAGGGCAAGUUCCAUCGUGCGGAUAUAGGCAAUCAGUUCCUUUUCUUUCUGGAUUUCUACUCUGAUAUCGACUUCUCUACAUAUGGCAUUUCUACGGAACCUCUCGAGUUGUUCUCAAAGAGUGCCGUGCGCACCCGCGAUCACAAUGAUGAGGCGCAGAGAAUCCCGGCGCGGUCGCAGAUAGCUGAUCAGGAACGCUCCGAUUCGCGUCCUCCGACCUUCCAAGGUCGAAAGUGGUCUCGCGACGGGCUGGAAUACCUCAUGACGCUUCAAGACCCCGUAAACCCCAAAAACGAUCUUGGGAAGUCUGGUUUUCGGAUCAAUGACGUGCAAGAAACCCUGAUUGCUAUUCGGGCGACACUGAAGGCGGCAAUGGCCAACUGGGACAAGAGUCUGCAGACAUGGCCACAGCCAGGACAACGAACACGAGCACGGUCGUUACUGGAACCUUGUUUAGGCGGUGAUUAUCGAAUAUACGAGCACGAAAGAGACGAUCUCCGUCGUUUGGGACAGCAUUCUUUGGAUACGGUGGCGACGGUUCUGGAGGCCCCAUAA